CACUCUCUACAAGACACGUCACGUAAGCAUGGGCAUGGCACCCAAGGAACUACUCGUGUCCGCCACCCUCCUCUUCCUUCUCCUCCAAGUCGCCACCGCGAACCUCCGGCACGAGAACGUCAUCGACCGGUGCUGGCGCGGCCAGAGCAACUGGGCCAACGACCGGCAGCGGCUCGCCAUGUGCUCCGUCGGCUUCGCCGGGAACAUGAGCUACGAGGUGACCGCGUACACGGUCACCGACCCGAGCGACGACCCCGUGCGGCCCCGACCCGGCACGCUGCGGUACGGCGCGACGCUGCUGCCUGGGAAGGUCUGGAUCACCUUCCAGCCGGGCAGCAUGCACAUCAGGCUGGCGCAGCCGCUCUUCGUCAAGAGCUUCACUGUGAUCGACGGCCGGGGCACCGACGUGCACCUCGCCGGGGGCGCCGGCAUCGUGCUCUACAAGGUGAGCAACGUGGUCAUCCACGGGCUCCACGUGCACCACGUGCGCGCGCAGGCCCCGGGACAGGUCGUCCGGCCCGGCGGCGCCGUGCAGAACGUGGACGCCGGCGACGGCGACGCCAUCCGGCUGCUGUCCAACUCCAAGGUGUGGAUCGACCACAACACGCUAUCGCGCUGCGAGGACGGCCUCCUCGACGUGACGCGCAGCUCCACGGACGUGACCAUCUCCAACAACUGGUUCCACGACCACGACAAGGUCAUGCUGCUGGGCCACGAGGACCAGCACGUCGCCGACCGCCGGAUGCGGGUCACCGUGGCGUUCAACCGCUUCGGGCCCAAUGUGAGCCAGCGCAUGCCGAGGAUACGGCACGGCUACGCCCACGUCGUCAACAACUUGUACGAUGGGUGGAGGGAAUACGCCAUCGGAGGAAGCAUGGGGCCGACUGUCAAGAGCCAGGGCAACCUGUUCAUCGCCUCCACAACGGACAGCGCCAAUGUGACGAGAAGGAUGCCCGUCGGAGAUGCAGCCGGAGAGGACUGGCAUUGGCACUCCACUGGGGACUCGUUUGAGAACGGCGCCGUCUUCAAGCAGACGGGCAACAGGGUGCGGCCGAAUUACAACAGGGAUCAGGCUUUCCCGGCGGCGAGCUCCAGCGAGGUGAGAUCGCUGACCAAGGACGCCGGUGCUCUGAGGUGCUCCGCCGGGGCCGCGUGCUGAACGGAGAGAAUAAAGACGUGCAAUGGAGUGUGUUAUACUCUCUCUUUUUUGCGGGAUGGAGUGUGUUAUACUCUCUCUUUUUUGCGGGAUGGAGUGUGUUAUACUUUGAAUACAGUGUACUUGCUGAUGCAGCUUGUAGCUAUAAAACACACACAUACAACACCACUCUGUCAAAGUACAACACUGUCAACAAUGUCAGGUCGCUGCAGAUAUGUGCAUCUCGCUGUUCUUUUAACGGAAAAUGUGAAAAACUCUCGGUGUUGUUUCCGCACUCUGAAGGGCACAUGAGUCCAGGGGUGAUAAUAGCCUUUUUCCUUUGUGAUCAUGGUUGCACCUUACUUGUCCAGAAAGGCCUUCAAACAAAACGGUGGGUAAGAAUCCUGCUCCAAGAGUUCAAAUGUCAUGUAUGCAUCAUGAUGCUGACAACACUAAUAGUGAAAUCUCAAUUAAAGUGAAUUAGUAGCUUCCACAAUGAAGUAC